AUACACCUCAUAUCAUUGGUGCUCUCAUUAUGUCAACUCCUUCCUCCGAUGAUCGUUUUCCCGAACUCAGUCAGUCUAUGGUUCAGAUGCAGCGAGACAUGGAGGCACGUUUCUCCCGUCUUGAUUCGGUCCUCUCCGAACUCCAGGAAGCGAUGCACAACACCGCCGACACCUCCCGCGGCAAAAAACCCAGGGAUGAUGAUGGAAACCCUAAGAGUGGGGGUUUCACGCCUCGGCCGAAACUCGAAGCACCCCGUUGUGAUGGUUCCGACCCCUUACGCUGGCUCUACAAGGUCAAAGAAUACUUUGAGUAUUACGAUACUCCCCCGGAUGAUUGGUUACGGUGUGUCACGAUGAUGUUGGACGGUCCUGCAGCAGAUUGGUUCCGCUGGCGGAAGAAUAAUAACCUCUUGGACGGAUGGGCUGAUUUUGUCACGAAAUUCAAGCUCCGCUUUGAUCCCCUCCACUACGUCGACUAUUUUGGACAAUUAGCACGCACGCAACAGACGGGGAGCGUCAUGGACUAUUCAACGGCGUUCGAAAAAAUCUUGCCUAAUCAUGAGAUUAGCCUCCUCAAACCCGUGACGUUGGCCGACUCUUUUGCGUUAGCACGGGAAUUAGAAGUCAAGCACAUGUCAUUGAUCAAUUCGGUGUCCCCAAGACAAUCCCCAUGGACAGUGUCUCCGCGGCAGCCUAUUUUCAGACCACGACCAUCCCCUGACGCGCCCCUUCUGCCCACCCCGAAGCCAAAAGAUCCCGAGGCCACGCCGUCCCCACCGUUUCGUACUCUCACUCGUGCUGAACGCGCCACAAAGGAUGGCAAAGGUUUGUGUUAUAACUGCGAUCAGAAGUGGUCUCGUAACCAUCGCUGCGGCCGGUAUCUUCUCAUGGUUCUGGAUGAGGAUGAUCCCGAUGUUGCCGAGGAUUCGGUUCUCCAAGAUGAGGUUGCGGUUACAGGUGACAUCUCCAGUUUAAAUAGCAUGGCCGGGGUUACUACUCCUCGGUCCUUACGGCUGUUCGGCACGGUUUCUAAUCAGAUAUUGGUCGUCUUGAUCGACGGCGGAAGCACUCAUAACUUCAUCCAUCCUAAGCUUGUCGAACGGCUCCGGCUUCCGGUGCUUGAGAUCGUUCCUUUUAAGGUUUACGUGGGCAAUGGCGACUCCUUACUAUGUUCCAAGCAAUGUCCGAAUGUUCAGUUGACCAUGCAAGGUUUCACCGUUUCACUUGCCUUAUUCAUCUUGGAUAUUCACGGCCAGGAUAUUGUUCUAGGUGUGCAAUGGUUACAACAACUGGGACGGGUUGCUCAUGAUUAUGCGCAACUCACUAUGGAAUUCGUGUGGAACGAGAAGACUGUCGUCUUGCAGGGAGAAACUCAGGUGCCCACACCAAUCACCAUGACCUGCCUCUACUCUCUCACAGCCAAGCAAGAGCUUGUGGACUGCUUUGAGGUGUUGUUCCUCUCGGUGGAGGCUGGGCCGAACACAACACACGACGACGAGACCCCUGCCAUGCCGCCAGCCAUCGCUACUGUGCUACAGGACUCCUCUUUGGUUCUUACUAUACCCACUGGGCUUCCCCCGAACCGGCCAGUAGAUCACCGCAUCUUCUUGCAAGCUAGGUCGCUGUUGGGGACUUGUUGUGCGCUCGCCUCUCCCCUGACGGAUUUAUUGAAGAAGGACGCGUUCCUCUGGUCAUCUUUGGCAGACACGGCUUUCUCCCAGCUCAAGGAGGCCAUGACUACCGCCCCUAUCUUACGGUUACCGGACUUCAACCUCUUCUUCGUAGUUGAAACAUAUGCCUCAGGAUCCAGCAUUGGGACGAUCUUACUUCAGCAAGAAAAGCCGAUUGCAUUCUUCAGCAAAAAACUGGGCCCACGCCGCUUGUCCGCUUCUACGUAUAAUAAAGAGCUCUACGCCGUGGUGGAAGCCGUCCAAAAGUGGCGGCAAUACUUGCUUGGCCAAGAUUUCCUCAAGCUUUCCCGUCGUUUCUAUGGUCCGUUCACUGUGUCAGAAAAACUUGGCCUAGUUGCGUACAGGCUCGCCUUACCACCUCCCUCUAGGAUCCAUCCGGUCUUUCACGUUUCCCUGCUUCGACCAUAUGUCGCUGGUUCCCACGGCUGCACGCCAUUGCCCCUGCCAGAGGAGUUUGUUGGUGGGCUGCCACUGUCUCGGCCCGUGCGUAUCCAUGCCACUCGCACCAUCCUUCGUGACGGCAAACAGGUACAGCAAGGUUUGGUUGAAUGGUCCGACGGCACGCUUGACGACGCCACGUGGGAACCCUUGGACCAUUUACGCAGCAAGUUUCCCCAGUUACACCUUGAGGACAAGGUGGUGCUUGAUGACGUGGGAAAUGUUAUGGUACCAACAUCCACGCCAGAGGCACGAGACAACGAGCCAAUAGAUGAACAAGCUUUGGAGCCGGCAAGGUGCAGUCAACGAGCACGGAGGCCACCAGGGUGGCAACGGGACUAUUCUCUUUAAUAUCAUUAUCUCUUUUAUCCUUUUAAUUAUGUAAUUUAGAUUUUCCUAGGUGAGCGCAAUUAUGAGCUCCUUCGAGAGUUUCUUUACGGUUCUUUACCUCGUCGCUUUUUUUGAAUCGUCACGAUAGAUAACCUAGUU